AACAUUUUUCAGAGCUCUCUUUUAGGUUUUCUAUUCUUAAACAAGUAGAAUUGAAAUUUUUGACUUUUUUCUUUUUAGCUUUAGAUUUGGGUAUUUAAUUAGCUUCAAACAAGACUAAAACAGCAAGCUAGCUAGAAGAAAGAUAACUGAAUUCUUAGUUAAAAAAGUACUUGAAAUUAAAGUCCAAAUCUCUUUUUCUUGAAAGAUCUGAAGCUAGCAAAAGAAGAUAAGAAAAAUAACUAUAUAUAUACAUAUAGCUUUUGCACCAGUAAUGAUUCAAGCAAGAUGAACAAUUCAAACAUAAGAGGACAAGACUAUGAAACGAAGCAAGAAGACACAAACGAAGGAAAUAAUAAGGUCGUCGUCGUCCCUAAGCCAAACUUGACGACAUCAUCAUGGUCUAGAUUAAAGGACCCAAGAAUUGUUCGUGUUUCAAGAGCUUUUGGUGGCAAAGAUCGACAUAGUAAAGUUUGUACGGUCAGAGGGUUAAGAGACCGAAGAGUAAGGCUUUCAGUCCCAACCGCUAUCCAAUUAUAUGAUCUUCAAGACCGGCUAGGACUCAACCAACCUAGUAAAGUUGUUGAUUGGUUACUUGAUGCUGCAAAAAAUGAAAUCGAUGAACUCCCUCCUCUUCAAAUCCCACCCGGAAGUUGCUUUGGGCAAAAUCUACAAGCAAUACUAAACGCUAGUAAUUCUUCACAAGAAAGAAUUAUCGAUCAUGGGCCUAGUAGAACUAGUACUAUCAAUGGUCUCAAUUGGGAAGAUUAUUGGAACAACGCCGAUAAAUCUAAAGCUAUUGCACAAGAAACUAACCAAGAUUCCGAAGGAGUACAUAAUCAUCAAGAAGAGGUAAGAAACAAGCAUGAAGAUGAUGAUAAUGAUCAUGGUACAUUUUCUCAUACAUCUAAUAAUUUCUUCGGACGAAACCCUAGUUCUUCAAAUCUACCAAGUUUGUUAAACAAUGUUGUCCCAAAUACUAAUAGCCCUUUUCUCAAAUGGAGAGAUCCUUCUAGUCUUUCAUUAUCACAAUUUGGAAGCUACGAUUCGGUGGCACCUCAUCAACAAGCUCAUGAUCAUGAUGAAACAGUUCAUAACUUUAAUAGAAACAACGUAGCAGCGUUACAUUCCAUUAAUAAUCCAUCCGGAUCGUCUCAGCAUCAGGUUCUUUUGUACCCUCCACCAACACCUCAAACUCAUUCAUAUUUCCCUUCACACAAUAAUCAUAACUCUAGUGAGCAGUUUGAUCCGAAACAACUAAAUUUCCAAAUGAUGAGCUCUUCUUCAAGUUCUAAUUUCACACCACCCUUCUAUACGAUAAACCAAGGAAUACGACCACUUCAUUUGACAAUGAACUCUAAAUUUUUUUCUUCGGAAGAUAAUAAUAAUGGAGAACAUGAACCAAACAAAUGAUCACAGAUCGAUCAGCUAGCUACCGCGGUUUGUUAUUGAUGGAUUUUCAUGUUCUUGAAACGUACGUGAUUAAAGACUGCUCAUAGCGCCAUGGUACGUUCUUCGUGCAUAUUCCAUUAGUUCAUUUGUUGCGCGAUUACUAUUACGAAAAAAAAGAAGGAAUUUUAUUGAAAUUAUAAUAGGGUUUGAUUGAUUGUUAGUUUUCUGAUUGAAGUUUUGGUUAUAACUUCAUGUAAAACUCAGUUGUUUGAUUAUAUGUAUACUUAUAUAUAUAUAUAACUCAUGAUUCAUACAUAUAUUUAUUGAGGUAUGAAAUGAAAUACUUAUGUA